AUGCUACUCUUCAGUCUUCUCCUCGCCCUCCAGGCCCUCCUGGUGCACUCGGCCGCCCUGCGACGGGACUCCCUGACCACCGCUGCCCGCGAGAAAUGCCAGACCACGCUGCAGUGUCCCCCGGGCACUCUGGUCGUCUCCAGCACCGCCCACCCGCUCGCCAACUUCACCACCCUGCAGUCGGCCAUUGAUGCCCUCCCCAACGACAACUCCUCCCAGACCAUCCUCAUCCUCUCCGGGUCCUACCAUCAGCAAGUCAACAUCACGCGCGCCGGGCCCAUCACCCUGCUGGGCGAGCAGCCCGACCCAGCGGCGCUGACCGACGCGGCGCGCAACACCGUCAACCUCACCUGGGCGGCCGCCAAUGAAGACAACACCGGCGAGUCGGUCGACAACGUCUACUCUAGCGUGAUGAUCGUCUCGCCCACCCUGGACGCGAGUUUGACAGGCUCCGGCACGACCGGCUACCCGGUCCCGGCCGACACGCCCUUUGGCAACACGGACUUCCGCGUGUAUAACAUCGACUUCCGCAACACCUGGGCCGACUACACGGACGGGCCAGCGCACGCCAUCAGCUUCAGUCGGUCCAACGGCGGUUUCUACUACUGCGGGUUCUACUCGUACCAGGAUACAGUCUACAUCGGCAAACUCGGCUCCGCAUACGUCCACUCGUCCAUUUUAGCCGGCGAAACCGACUUCCUCUACGGCUUCGGCACACUGUACAUCCAAUCGUCGCAGAUCCUCCUGCGGUCCUGCGGCGGCGGCAUCACCGCCUGGAAAGGCACGAACACGACAUUCGUCAACAACUACGGGGUGUACAUCCACGACUCGACCGUGCGCGCCGCCAACACGUCCAUCGCCCCGGAUAUCAAGGGGGCCUGCGCGCUCGGCCGGCCCUGGAACUCCCUGCACCGGUCGAUCUUCGCUAACACGCACGAGGACGGCAGCAUCGAGCCGUCCGGGUACAUCGAUUGGGAGGACCGGUGGACGGCCAACCAGACCCUGAUGGCGGAGUAUCGGGCUUUUGGGCCGGGAUUUAAUCUGACGGGGAGAGAGGAGAGUGAGGUUUCGGUGUUGUUGGGGGACAAGGGGUAUGAGCGGUAUAGUUCCAUUGAGAAGGUGUUUUUGGGUGAUGUGGCUUGGAUUGAUUGGGAGGUUGCGGCUUGA